AGAAGUUCCGGGUAGGCGUGGACCAUUCUUCAAAAUAACGAAAGCGUUAGAACUGUGCUGUCAAGACGAUAACCGUUGUAUGUAUUACUACAGCCCGACUCAGAUUAAGUCCGAGGCCAGUAACAUCAACAGUGAGGACAAACCCAGCCUGCCUCUCUCCUUUCACACUGAGUCCAAACGUACAGUCACUGGGUCCUGAUUUUGACAGUUGAGCCCAGUUUGCACUGCAGGAUCCAGAGAUGGCAUCAGUGAAGCUGGAAGACUGCAGUCAAACGCUAGAUCUGGAUGUCAACAUUAAAGAUGAAGAGGAGGAGGAGAAGAUUGGGAAAUCUGUUUCUCAUGGUGACGUUGAGACAUUCUCUACAUCCAGAAAGCAGCAGGAAGAUCACAGAGCUAAGACGUCUCACCACUGCCCACAUUGUGAGGAGAUUUUCCCAAUGCUAUCAAAGCUAAAAAUACACCUGAAAAUACACACAGGAGAGAAUCUGUAUUCCUGCACUGACUGUGGGAAGAGCUUCACAACAUCAAGGGCUCUGACAGUUCAUCAGAGAUGGCACACGGGAUUGAAGUCUUUCCCCUGCUCUGACUGUGAAAAGAGUUUCUCCCGAUUGGAUAAGUUAAAUAGGCACCAACUAAUACACACAGGAGAAAAGUCUUACUUCUGCUCUGACUGUGGGAAUUGUUUCGCCCAAUUUAAUACCUUAAAAUCUCACCAGCGUAUGCACACAGGAGAGAAGCCUUACUCCUGCUCUGACUGUGGGAAGAGUUUCUCUCAACUGGGAAGCUUACAAACACACCAGCGUAUUCAUACGGGAGAGAAGCCUUACUCCUGUUCUGACUGUGGGAAGAGCUUUAGAACAUCAGGGGCUCUGACAGUUCAUCAGAGCGUGCACACUGGAGAGAAGCCUUACUCCUGCUCUGACUGUGGGUGCAGAUUCUCUCAACGGAGAAACUUAAAAAACCACCAACAUAUACACACAGGAGAGAAGCCUUACUCUUGCUCUGACUGUGUAAAAUGCUUCACAACAUCAUAUGAGCUAACAGUUCACCGGAGAACACACACAGGAGAGAAUCCUUACUUCUGCUCUGACUGUGGGAAGAGUUUCUCCCUAUUGGAUACCUUAAUCAAACAUGAACGUAUACAUACAGGAGAAAAGCCUUACUCCUGCUCUGACUGUGGGAAGAGUUUCUCUCAACAGAGUAACUUAAAAAGACACCAACGUUCACAUACAGGAGAAAAGCCUUACUCCUGCUCAGACUGUGAAAAGAGUUUUUCCCAAUUGGAUAAGUUAAAUAGUCACAAGCGAAUACAUACAGGAGAGAAGCCUUACUCGUGCUCUGACUGUGGGCAAAAUUUCUCUCAACACAGCAGCUUAAAGAAACACCAACGUAUACACACAGGAGAAAAGCCUUACUUCUGCUCUGACUGUGGAAAAUGCUUCACAACAUCAUCUGAGCUAACAGUUCACCAGCGAACACACACAGGAGAGAAGCCUUACUUCUGCUCUGACUGUGGAAAAUGCUUCAAAACAUCAUCUGAGGUAACAGUUCACCAGAGAACGCACACAGGAGAAAAGCCUUACUCCUGCGCUGAAUGUGGGAAGAGUUUCUCUCAACAGAGCAACUUAAAAAAACACCAAUGUUUACAUGCAGGAGAAAAGCCUCACUUCUGCUCUGACUGUGGGAAUUGUUUUACCCAAUUAUAUACCUUAACAUGUCACAAGCGUAUACAUACAGGAGAGAAGCCUUACUCCUGCUCUGACUGUGGGAAAAAAUUCUCUCAACACAGCAGCUUAAAGAAACACCAACGUAUACAUAAAGGAGAAAAGCCUCAUCAGUUCUCUCAGACCAGCUAAGAUUAAAGUCCAUCACUUAAUUCUCAUGUCAUAAAGUAAGUGGUAACACUGAAUUGGAUCCUAUUGUUUCUCACUGUGAGAACUGUGCAGAGGAAAUGGAGAAUGUUAGCCUCUCUUUACUAAUCAGUGGACACCUUGUCAGUUUUGGUGUGUUUUGUUAGCUUCUACUGUAAAGAUAUUGAGAUGACCUUGGAUUUGUCCUUAAGGUUGAAUAACCUCUGCGGUUUCUCUUGUUGAAAAUACGGAGUCUGACGGUUGACCUGGUGGUACUGCUUCCCUCUGCAGUUCUCUGUGGGAAUAAGCUAGUAGACACAACAUGUAUCAGAUAGAGAUGGUGUGAGGAUCAGUUUUCACCUUUUGUUUGGGUGGAUAUAUAUUUUUUGACUACUAAGGGACUGUAAGGUAUUUAUAAUAAGGGAUACCUGGAGAAAAUCAUAUCUCUCUGAAAUGGAAAUGGAUGGCCCUCCCUUCAGUUAAAUAUAUUUUUACCCGACCCUCCCUGAACACUUGACAACAACAAAAACAAGUGACCCUUGUCGUGGACAUUUCCUUAAUUACCAACUGAUGAGAGAGCAAAUCACACAUGAGUCAGAGUUAUGCUUAAUCUUCACCUUUAAUAAUAAUUAAGCUUUUGCAAUAGCAUUUUGACUUUCAACAGUUCACUAUCUCUAAUGAAAAGUUGAGAGUGCCCAACAUAAUGGCAAAUGGGUUCCUUUAUAGCAAAGAUCCACCCCCUCCUAGACGACAUGACAAAACACAGGUCUUAGGAACUUACACAAAGAAAGACUUUACUUCAGAGAGGAGUAUCCCCUAGUCAGACAGAGUUGGCUAUAAAUUAUCGUUCAGUUUGGUCUCCUAAACAAAGCUCUUAUCUCGUCCUUGGUACAAAAUGCUACCAAGACAUUACCCCCACCCUAUGAUAUAUAUCAAAUUGAGAUUCCAAUUCUAAAUACAACCAAUCCUGGACAAACUCACGGAGAGGAGAGUGACCCUAUAGGUCAACAAAGAGGGAGCAUAGAAUGAUUCCAGACACUGCCAUCCUCCUUUCCCCGAUGGGAAAAGUAGGGAGUGACUGGCACACAGACACAGUGGAGCAAAAGAGCAAAAGAUAUGUUUACACAUGAUGACCCCUUGACCUCUCCCCUCUCUGCAGCCCAUGCAACUUAAUCUUGACAUAGAACAGAUAACUGCCAAUGGCCACCACUAUAGUACAACAAAAUACAUUCUUAUGAGAAAUAACUCAUAAGCAUAUCAUGAAUAUAAAACAUCUUAUCUAUGUUACCCAACUAAUUCUGAUUAUUCCCCAACACCCUCCACUAUACUCAAAAUAAUAAUUUAAAUAUGAAGUGGAUUGCAGAGAACAUGCCUACUGUUUACCCUCACUCCUUGGACAGACCAGAGUCUUAGAUAUGCCGUUUUAGAAACUGUUCUUCGUUUUGUAAGCGUUACAUGGCAAAGUAGCCAGAAGGUUGUGGUUUCGCAGAACACCGUGAAUAAGGGUAGGGGUGAACAUACAGGUCCCUCCACUAAUAUUGGGACACUUGGUAAAUAUGAGCAAAACGGGCUGAGAAAAAAAUGUGUUUGCUGUUUAUCCUCUUGGUGUUUCAUUCAAAAUAUUUACAAAAAUCAAACCUUUGAAUUAAAGUAAAAUGAUUGAAAAAAAUACAUGUAAAAUAAAUGUUUUUCUUCAAAACAUGUGUUGCAAUCGUUAAGAAAUGUAAAGUUACCGGAGAUGUUAACAAUGGGCCUGGAAGAGGACGUGUCUAUAUUGACCCCACGCACAGUGAGGAGGAUGGUUCCAGUGGCAAAAACAUCUCCAAGGAUCACAGCUGGAGAAUUACAGACGUUAGUUGGGUCUUGGGGUCAGAAAGUCUCCAAAACUACGAUCAGACGCCACCUACAUAACCACAAGUUGUUUGGGAGGGUUGCCAUAAAAACGCCAUUUGAUGUUGUGGGGCUGUUUUUCUUCCAAAGGCCCUGGACCACUUGUGAGGAUACAUGGUAUCAUGAACUCCAUCAAGUACCAGCAGAUAAUGAUCCAAAGUACACCUCAAAAUUAACACAAAAAAUGGUUUACUGACCACAUAAUCAAGGUUUUGCCAUGGCCAUCCCAGUCCCCUGACCUGAACCCCAUAGAAAACCUGUGGGAUGAGCUGAAGAGGAGAAUCCACAAGUGUGGACCUCGGAAUCUGAAGUAUCUGGAGAGAUUCUGUAUGGAGGAAUGGACUCAGAUCCCUUGCCAUGUGUUCUCCAACCUCAUUAUAGGAGAAGACUCAGAGCUGUUAUCUUGGCAAAGGAAGGUUGCACAAAGUAUUGAAUUGAAGGGGUGUCAAUAAUUGUGGCACACACACUAUCGUUGUAAAAGUUUGGGGUCACCUAGAAACGUCCUUGUUUUUGGAAGAAAAGCACAUUUAUUGCCCAUUUAAAAUAACAUCAAAUUGCCUACCUCUUAUUUCUUAAAUUAGAAGAUAUAUUCUCCAACACAAAGCGCUCUUGUUGUUAGUAGCCUAAAGCCAUUUUCAUUUGAAAACCGUUUAACUGAAUUAGACCUUCUCGAAUUAGUCUACUUUCAGCACUCAUCCGUUGUCCAUCUGUAAUGUAAAUUACUCUAAUAUGGCUUAUGGAGAUCAAUAACUCUAAAGAAAUAGCUUCAUUAUAUGCAAUGAAACAUAUUGUUUUAAUUCAAAUCGAUUAUAGCCGUAGCUCUAGUUUUCCUCGUCUUCAGGUUCCCCCUCUCCAACUGAACAGGACAUCAGUAGGCCUAGUCCGCACACAGAUUUUUUAUUUUUUUCAAAUCAAAUGUUAUUUGUCACAUGCGCUGAAUACAACAGUGAAAUGCUUACUUACAAGCCCUUAACCAACAAUGCAGUUUUAAGAAAGUGCCACCGUACACAGCACAGUCAUUGGUAGGUAGCACUGAAGGGUUUACCUCAGCAGGAACAGGGCAACAGAUUACAUUUUUAUUUUAUUUAACUAGGCAAGUCAGUUAAAUAGCAUGCUCUAGAGGUAAUGUAUGUUAUUGCUGUAUAAGUGAGUUAGCAUGUUUUAGAUGUAAUGUAUGUUAUUGCUGUAUAAGUGAGUUAGCUAGCAUGCUAUAGAGGCAAUGUAUGGUAUUGCUGUAUAAGUGAGUUAGCUAGCAUGUUUUAUUUGUAAUGUAUGUUAUUGCUUUAUAAGUGAGUUAGCUAGCAUGCUAUAAAUGUAAUGGAAUUGCUCUAUAAGUGAGUUAACUAGCAUACUAUAAAUGUAAUGUAUGUUAUUGCUGUAUAAGUGAGUUAACUAGCAUGCUCUACAGGCAAUGUAUGGUAUUGCUAUAUAAGUGAGUUAGCUAGCAUGCUCUACAGGCAAUGUAUGGUAUUGCUAUAUAAGUGAGUUAGCUAGCAUGCGCUAGAUGUAAUGGCCGCAUUAGCUAAUACACCGUUGUUGUUACAGAUUCAUGCUAUCGACAGCCAUCAACAUCAUUGAGCCCUGCACAUCUAUGUAAGAGUGGCAGGUAGCCUAGCGGUUAGAGCAUUGGGCCAGUGAAACCAAAAGUGAAAAAUCUGUCGAAGUGCCCUUGAGCAAGGCACUUAAGAACAAAUUAUUAUUUAAAACCCAGACGACCCUGGGCCAAUUGUGCGCCACCCUAUGGGACUCCCAAUCACAGCCGGAUGUGAUGCAGCCUGGAUUGGGAACGCCUAUCCAUUGCAGUGUAGCCUAGUUUGAUAUAUACACUACUCAAAAAAAUAAAGGGAACACUAAAAUAACACAUCCUAGAUCUGAAUGAAUGAAAUAUUCUUAUUAAAUACUUUUUUCUUUACAUAGUUGAAUGUGCUGACAACAGAAUCACGCAAAAAUUAUCAAUGGAAAUCAAAUUUAUCAACCCAUGGAGGUCUGGAUUUGGAGUCACACUCAAAAUUAAAGUGGAAAACCAUACUACAGGCUGAUCCAACUUUGGUGUAAUGUCCUUAAAACAAGUCCAAAUGAGGCUCAGUAGUGUGUGUGGCAUCCACGUGCCUGUAUGACCUCCCUACAAUGCCUGGGCAUGCUCCUGAUGAGGUGGCGGAUGGUCUCCUGAGGGAUCUCCUCCCAGACCUGGACUAAAGCAUCUGCCAACUCCUGGACAGUCUGUGGUGCAACGUGGCGUUGGUGGAUGGAGCGAGACAUGAUGUCCCAGAUGUGCUCAAUUGGAUUCAGGUCUGGGGAACGGGCGGGCCAGUCCAUAGCAUCAAUGCCUUCCUCUUGCAGGAACUGCUGACACACUCCAGCCACAUGAGGUCUAGCAUUGUCUUGCAUUCUUACUGGUUGGUAGGUGAUCAAAUACGUAUGUCAUGCAAUAAAAUGCAAAUUAAUUACUUAAUCAUACAAUGUGAUUUUCUGGAUUUUUGUUUUAGAUUCCGUCUCACAGUUGAAGUGUACCUAUGAUAAAAAUUACAGACCUCUACAUGCUUUGUAAGAAGGAAAACCUGCAAAAUCGUCAGUGUAUCAAAUACUUGUUCUCCCCACUGUAAUAAUAGCACGUAGUGUUAUUGAGCACGGCUGUUGUUUUAUAUGUAUAGGAGGUAGCGGUCUAUAGCAUUUAUGGGAAUUGUUUAUGGUCUGGGACCACUGUACCAUAGUCUCUGGGAGGCUGGAGAACCGUUGAAGAUACAUAUGGUGCAUAGGAUGCACAUGGUGUGGAUGUGAAUACAUAAGUACUGUAUAGAAGUUAUGUAGGGAAAAGUGAAUGUGAAUUUCCUGCAUAGCAGGACAUGCAAACUUGUGUAUUUUAGGUUUAAAAAAGCUUCUAAAGUUAGUAAUUUCCACUUUAAAAUGUCAGACUUGAUUUGCCCUGACGAAAAAUGGAUCAACCCCUACAAAAAAUGUCCAUUCAUUAUAAUCCACAUUUCCUGUUGCUGCAGGAUUAUGUUCCUACUGUAGCAAACUGGCUCAAAUUAAGACCCUUCACCUGUUUAAAGCGAAGGAUGUGUACAAAAAAAACUGACUGCUGGAAAAUCUUGGAAGUGUAUGGGUGAAGUGGACCGUGGGACUCAUUAGAAUUUCCUGUCUUUGUCAGAUUUUGAUCUCAUUUAAAACAUUGUUUUUGUGUUUAAUGUUAAUGGUUUUUACAUCAAAAGCUGAUUUACAUUACACAACAUUUCCACAUGUAAAAAGCUGUUAAUAAGGUGUGUCAUCUAUCUGAAGUAAAAGUACACAAUAAUGACAAAUGGAAAUAGAAAUAAAGUAGUUAUUAGUAUUUAUUCAAUAUUACUGUGAAAUACUAACAGCUGAUUUUCCAGAGGGAAGCGAAAAACCAGAAACCCAUUUAAGCCAAUAUGGGAUAAACUGGAAAAUUAUUCCCUGAUCUCUUUUAACAAGACAAUCGAACAAGCUCCUGGAAAAUACAACAAUCUUCAACAUAAACUUUGUAAGUUACUUUAAAGUUUAUUGAAGACACUCCUAGUACUAAAAUACUGUACCUGUCAGCAAAAGUGAGUUAUCAAAAAAUACAUAAUUUACAGCCAAAUCAUCAGACAUAGGAAACUGUUGUACAUAUAAAUCAGGGGUGGCCAAAAUGGUUGUGCAGGCUUUUUUCUCCAGCCCAGUUCUACCACACCUGAUUUGACUAUUCAAGGUUCUGAUAAGCGGCUGACUAGAGGUAUGGUGUGUUGUAGAACAGUCAGAAGUUACACAUAUCACAGUUGGGAUGCAGCAGAGUGCUUCCUCUGAAGUUAUAUGACUGUGUUUACACAGGCAGUCUAAGACCCCAAAUCUGAUUUCCUUUCUAUAUCCAAUCUUUUUUUCAGACCCAUAUCAGAUUUCGGCAUUCACACUCAGAAGUAGCACACAAAUGCAAUUCUCAUUUCCUGUCACUGUUCCUUUACAUUUUGGGGUGGUGGUCAUGGUAACAUCACGUGCCAACAACAAAAAAAUCUGAGCGUUCAGACAGAGGUCACAUAUGGAGGAUGGGGUUUGUAUCAGGAUUCUGCUCCACAUAUGGAGGUUUUAUAAAUAGGAAAUCAAAAGAUCAGAUUCAAUGUGUUUUUUUGCUAUUUACACAUUAGGGAAAAUAACAGAUGGGUAUCAUAUAUGGAAAUAACUGUCAAAAAAUCUGAAUUGGGCUGCAAUAAAGCGGCAUUUACACAGGCAGCCCAAUUCAGAUAUUGGUUUUUGGAUUGGGCAAAGGAUCAGAAUGGGGGUGCAUGUGUAGACGAUGAAAGCCAACCAUGUUUACCUCAUCCACCCCAGGAACUCACAAAUUUAGAACAUGGUGUAUGUAAUCUGCUGGAUGUAAUCUGCUGGAUGUAAUCUGCUGAAUGUAAUCUGCUGAAUGUAAUCUACUGGAUGUAAUCUACUGGAUGUAAUCUGCUGGAUGUAAUCUACUGGAUGUAAUCUACUGGAUGUAAUCUGCUGGAUGUAAUCUACUGGAUGUAAUCUGCUGAAUGUAAUCUGCUGAAUGUAAUCUGCUGAAUGUAAUCUGCUGAAUGUAAUCUACUGGAUGUAAUCUACUGGAUGUAAUCUACUGGAUGUAAUCUGCUGAAUGUAAUCUGCUGGAUGUAAUCUGCUGAAUGUAAUCUGCUGAAUGUAAUCUACUGGAUGUAAUCUACUGGAUGUAAUCUGCUGGAUGUAAUCUACUGGAUGUAAUCUGCUGAAUGUAAUCUGCUGAAUGUAAUCUACUGGAUGUAAUCUACUGGAUGUAAUCUACUGGAUGUAAUCUGCUGAAUGUAAUCUGCUGGAUGUAAACUUUCUAUACUGCAGCUGCUUUCCAUGCCAAACUGGAAGCGUCAAUAGACGAUGAAGUGUGACGCCUCCCACAACUAAUAAAUAAAUACAUAUAAAUAAAUAAAUAAAUAACUCUGAUUUACAGAGAUGACCCAAGGUGAAGUGAUUAAUAAUAAUUAGGUGGGUGCUUAUAUUCGUCCUAUUUCACACAGUAUGUAUUAUAAGCUUGUCUGAAUUGGAAAUGUGUUUUUCUUCAUAUCCAUGCUCCCCCUGAGACACCUGCCAGGGUUUGCCACUAUCAACGGCGACCCUGGAGCAAUUAGGGUUAACUGCCUUGCUCAAGUUCAAACUAGUGACCUUUUGGUUGCUGUCCCAGUGCUCUAACCACUAGGCUACCUGCCGUAGUAGUUCCUGUCCAGACGAUGUCACUAGGUGUGGUGAGGGGCUCAGGCGUUCCAGGGGACAUCAUCUCAGCACCAGACCAAGGCACCUCAAUCUGCAAGAGAAACAGAAACUGGUGCCAGUAUAACGUUUCAUAAUAUUUACUCUAACGACACUGAGGAGAUCAAAUAACCCCCCCCCCCUCCUUUCGAUCACACACACCUACCUAACAGGGAUCAGCACAUUUCCAAGUCAGUUGCUCUGUGUUACAGCUGCCCUACAUGCUUAGUAAUAAUAGAUAAUAAAACAUUUGAAGUAUUUUAUUUGACUCUUACACUCAAAGCCAAUAGGAUAACAACUUUGUAUUUUCUAUGAAUAAAGUGUUUGAAUGAUCCUCCUUGA